AUGCGCUUCCACGGUCUCGCGCCCUUCACGCUCCUCCUCGUCUCCCUGCGAGACCUGCCGGAUGAUGUGCCCGCGGCGUACGACUGCCUGCACCGGUCAUACUACGGAACCUACGGCGCUAAGCGCGCAUUCAUAGCCGACCGCGCGUGCUUGGAGUCUUCGUUCAGUCUCCUGCAGCUCGGCACCGCCGUGAGGCUGAACGAGGAGGAGGGCAACCUGGUGUGGGUCGGGCGCAGGCCUGUGGAUCCUUCGCUCAUCGGUACAGCAGCCUGCGACUCCGGACUCGACGCACUACUGGGAUACUUGCGGCAGCCACAGCUGCAGGACGACAGCGUCGGAGACAAUGCUUUACAAAUGACGCUCCGGAUGCUAUGGAACGAGAGCGUGCAGCUCGACGUCCUGCACCGCGGCCCAGACGGCGCGCUGCUCUCCGCGAGCGACGCGGUCGUGCGCACCCUCGACGCCCGCCUCCCGCCCUACUGGCGCUCCGCGGCCUUCCCCGCCUCGCCGAUCCCGCUCGUCCCGGUCCCGCCGCGCGCGAAGGAGCGGUUACGGGAAGCCCUCGCGGCGAUCCGCUUCAACCACGUCGUCGCGUCGAUCGUGAACGGCAUCUCGGCGCGCCGGCUGGUCAAGGACGUGCGGUACCUGUCUGGGGAGGACCCCGCGUCGGACCUCGCGACGCGCCAUUCGUUCUCGGAGGACGCACCGCGCGCGGCCGCGUGGUUGAAGAGCCAGUUCGAGGCGACCGGCGCGUCGUGUGAGCUGCGGUCCUUCAUGGUGGGCUUCGCGCCGAACGUCAUUUGUAGAUUCACUGGGUCUGCGGACACGACUGAGACGGUCAUCCUCGGAGCCCACUAUGACGAUCGCGGGUCGUUCGGGGAGGUGCGUGCCCCCGGCGCGAACGAUGACGGGUCGGGGACUGGGGCGCUGCUCGCCAUCGCGCGCGCGAUCGCGAGGCGAAACGUGGUGUUCCGCGCGAACGUGCUGCUCUGCGCGUUCGCGGGUGAGGAGCAGGGUAUGGUCGGCUCCAGGGCGUACGCGCGCGAGCUCAGGGAGCAAGGCGCGAAUAUCACCAUGAUGAUCCAGGCGGAUAUGCUUGCGUACCGCGUGUUGGGCGAGCCUCCGCAGCUUGGGCUGUCUGACCCUACAUUGCUUGGGACAGCUGAGCUCACGCAGAUCCUAGCAAACAUUUCAGCCAUAUACAGCCCGGAACUCACAGUCGGCUACCUACCAUAUCCUGGAGGGAGCGACCAUGAGAGCUUCCAUGAACAAGGGUUCCCUGCAGCGCAGGUGUAUGAGCGCGCGGGUUUCCCGAAGGACCCAAUGUAUCAUAGCACCGGGGAUGUGAGCGAGCGUGAGGGUUACGAUUUUGACCAGAUCAGAUCAAUCGCAAAGGUUGAGCUUGCGACGAUCUUGCACGUGGCGGGCUUUGAUCUGGAGGAGACCGGGGACGAGCCAGACUUGGACGACUUCGAGUAACCGCACUCGUUGGCCGAUUUCUCUUGGAUUACGGGUGAUUUGUUUUAGGAUCAGUGUGCUUGUAGGCCGAUGAUUUGGGACUCGGGUUUUGUUUGUGGUCGUGCUCUGUGUCAUAGAUACUCACUGUGCUCUCGUUCGCAAUCAAUAUGGCAAGAUUGGAUGUCAUGGGACAAACCGAUCGA